AUGUAUUUUACUUUUUUUAAUAUCAAUUUCUUUAUAAAAAAUAUAUUACGUCAUUUUUUACUUUUUAUUAUAUGUUUUACAAUCAUAAAAUGUGUUCAACAUGAUUCAAUAUGUUCAAAAGAAUCUAUUAAUGCAGCAUGUAUUAAUCCAAUCCAUACUGUUUUGACGUUAAAAAAGAGAGAUGAUAAUUUAGCAAAAAAAAUUGCUCAAGCACAUCAAAUGUAUAUAAAGGGACAACCAUUUCUAGAAGCAAGUUAUUUUUUAGAACAUCAUAAUAUUUCUCAUUAUCGAAGAAAAAGAUUUAUAAUACAUGAAUUAAUUAAUAAGCAUCCUGAUGUUAUAUCAAUAACUUAUGAUUAUGAAAUGAAAAGAGUUAAAAGAGGAUAUUUAUAUGAAAAUAAUUUAAAACCAUUCAUCGGUCCAAACUAUCUUGAAAUAUAUAAAACUAGAAAACAGAAUUAUAAUAAUCAACCAAUACCUUCACUUCCAUUCAAAGAUCCACUUUAUAAAGAACAAUGGUAUUUAAUUGGAAAAGAAACUGGUGGAUUUGAUAUGAAUAUUCGAGAAGCAUGGUUAAUGGGAUAUGCUGGUAGAAAUGUAAGUAUUACAAUUCUUGAUGAUGGUAUUCAAAUUGAUCAUCCUGAUUUAUUAGACAACUAUGAUCCAAUUGCUUCAACAGAUAUUAAUGAUGGAGAUGAUGAUCCAACACCACAAAAUAAUGGUGAUAAUAAACAUGGAACAAGAUGUGCUGGUGAAGUUGGUGCUAUUGCAAAUAACAAUCAAUGUGGAGUUGGUGUUGCAUAUAAAGCUAAUAUUGGAGGUAUUCGAAUGUUAGAUGGACCAUUUAGUGAUGCUAUUGAAGCAGCAGCAUUUUCAUUUAAUCAGAAUUACAUUGAUAUUUAUUCUGCAUCUUGGGGACCAGAAGAUGAUGGUAAAACAUUUGAUGGACCUGGUUUAAAAGCUAGACAAGCUCUUUAUAAUGGUACAAAAUACGGUAGAAAUGGAAAAGGUAAUAUUUUUGUUUGGGCUAGUGGUAAUGGAGGUUUCAAACAAGAUUCAUGUUCAGCAGAUGGUUAUAUUACAUCUAUUUAUACAUUAUCUAUUUCUUCAGCAACUUAUCAUAAUAGUAGACCAUGGUAUCUUGAAGAAUGUCCAUCAAUAAUUGCCACAACACAUUCAUCUGCUAAUAAAAAUCAACCUGGUAUUGUAACUAUUGAUGCUCCAGUUGGAUGUACUAAAUCUCAUUCUGGUACAUCUGCAUCUGCUCCAAUUGCUGCUGGUAUCAUUGCAUUAGCUUUAGAAGCAAAUCCUUCACUAACAUGGAGAGAUAUUCAACAUAUUGUAUUACGAACAGCUAAUCCAAUUCCAUUAUUAAAUAAUUCUGGUUGGAGUAUCAAUGGUGUUGGUAGAAGAAUAUCUAAUCAAUUUGGAUAUGGGUUAAUGGAUGCUGGAGCAAUUGUUAAAUUAUCAAAAAUAUGGAAAAAUGUUCCUGAACAACAUUUAUGUACUUAUAAGUAUAAAAUGGCAGAACCAUCACCAAGAUCUGUUAUUGGUAAAUUUCAAAUAAAUUUUACAUUAGAUGUUAAUGAUUGUUCUAAUGGAAAACGUAUAUUAUAUUUAGAACAUGUUCAAGUUGUUUCCACAAUUAAGUAUUCUAAAAGAGGUGAUCUCAAAUUAACAUUAUUUUCUCCUAAAGGAACAAAAUCUGUUAUACUUCCAAUACGACCACAAGAUUAUAAUAAUGAUGGUAUUUAUAAUUGGCCUUUUCUUUCUGUUCAAAUGUGGGGUGAAGAUCCAAGAGGUACAUGGACAUUAAUGAUUGAAUCAUUUGCUACUAAUAAUACAAUUAAUGGAACUAUUUAUGAUUGGGAUUUACUUUUAUAUGGAACUGAGGAACCAGCUCAACCAUCUGAUUUAAACUACUCUCCAAAAAUGGCUUCAAUUCAAAAAACUAAAAUUAAAAAAGGAUUUUUUGAAUUAGUAAAUGAAAAAUUAGAAACUUUUAAAAAUUUUUUAAAAUUUUACUAG